GACGGUUCUCUCCGUGGCGCGGGAUUGUGAGGGCUUAAGAACGAAUUCUCAAUCUAGACUUCAGUUUUGUCGCAACGGAGUUUAUCCCUUUCGCCUUCCCACCCCUUCAGAUCCCGCCGACCUCCGGCGGGAAAGUCGCGCGCUUGCGCUCUAAGCACCCUGGUUCAGGUUCAGGCUCGGGUCCUAAGGCGGAAGGGCCUGUCUUGCGGAACUCACAACCCGAGGUCGCGGUUUCCCUUCUCGUGUCCCGCCCCGCUCUCAUGGCCAGAACUGAAUUUUCCAUCAGUUUGUAUGGGGCUUUGGAAGUUUGCUUUGAGCCUCCCGGCUCUUUGGGGCAGUCAGUGAGCAAAUGAUUUCCUUAUUCGGCCUCUUCCCCGGGACAAACCACCGUCCCCCUUUCGCCUCUCUGCCCUACGUCCUUCAGCUGCCUGAUGUCCAGGCUCGCUGUCUCCGAUGGCCCUCGCUCCAAUCCCUUACCACUGCUGCCAGCUGCAGCUGAGGCACCCCCGACUGGGAAUUGUUCCUUGCGGCAACUGCUGGUAUUUUUAGAAGGUGAAAGAAAUUCGAAUGGAGUUCCUAGGACUGGGCCAGUUUCCCUUACUUUGGGGAUUUGGGCAUAUGGUACAUUUUUAAAUGUUUGCCCUUUUGAGAGUAGUGGCAUUGUUUCGUGCUUGGUUCUGUGAAUGAUUAAACUUACCUGCUCCAGUAUUCACAUUUUGACAGCUGCUUUGCUCCCCUUGUGGACAUAACCUCUUGACAUUUUGGACCCGUUUUUUUUGUGAUGGAGGCAUCUUUGGGGAUUCAGAUGGACGAGCCAAUGGCUUUUUCUCCACUGUGUGACCAGUUUCAGACUGAUGAUUCUUUAAAAAAAUAUGAGCAGAAUUUUAAACUUCCAGGUGUUAAAAAAGACAUUGAGAAUCUUUAUGAAGCUGUUCCACAGCUUGGCAGUGUAUUUAAAAUAGAGGACAAAAUUGGAGAAGGCACUUUCAGCUCAGUCUAUUUGGCCACAGCACAGUUACAAGUAGGACCGGAAGAGAAAAUUGCUCUCAAACACUUAAUUCCAACAAGCCAUCCUGUAAGAAUUGCAGCUGAACUGCAGUGUCUCACAGUGGCUGGGGGGCAAGACAAUGUCAUGGGAGUUAAAUACUGCUUUAGGAAAAAUGAUCAUGUGGUUAUUGCUAUGCCAUAUCUGGAGCAUGAAUCUUUUUUGGACAUUUUGAAUUCUCUUUCCUUUCAAGAAGUACGGGAAUAUAUGUUUAAUCUUUUCAAAGCUUUGAAACGUAUUCAUCAGUUUGGUAUUGUUCACCGUGAUGUUAAGCCCAGUAAUUUUUUAUAUAAUAGACGUCUAAAAAAGUACGCCUUGGUAGACUUUGGUUUGGCCCAAGGAACCCAUGAUACAAAAAUAGAGCUUCUCAAAUUGGUCCAGCCUGAAGCUGAGCAAGAAAGUUGUUCACAGAACAAGUCUCAUAUACUCAGUGGAAACAAGAUCUCAUUGAGUGGCUCAGCACCUAAGGAGCUGGAUCAGCAGUCCACCAUAAAAACAUCUGUCAAAAGACCCUAUAUAAAUGCACAGAUUCAGAUUAAACAAGGAAAAAAUGUAAAGGAGGGAUCUGUAGGCCUUUCUGCCCAGCGCUCUGUUUUUGGAGAAAGAAAUUUCAAUAUACACAGCUCCAUUUCACAUGAGAGCCCUGCAGUGAAACUCGUAAAGCAGUCAAAGACUAUGGAUGUAAUGUCAAGAAAGUUAGCAACAAAAAAGAAGGCUAUUUCUACAAAAGUUAUGAAUUGUGGUGUGGUAAAGAAAACUGCCAGUUCUUGCCCAGCCAGCCUGACCUGUGACUGCUAUGCAACAGAUAAAGUUUGCAGUAUUUGCCUUUCAAGGCAUCAGCAAAUUGCCCCUAGGGCAGGUACACCAGGAUUCAGAGCACCAGAAGUCUUGACAAAAUGCCCAAAUCAAACUACAGCAAUUGACAUGUGGUCUGCAGGUGUCAUAUUCCUUUCCCUGCUUAGUGGACGGUAUCCAUUUUAUAAAGCAAGUGAUGAUUUAACUGCUUUGGCUCAAAUUAUGACAAUUCGGGGAUCCAGGGAAACUAUCCAGGCUGCUAAAACUUUUGGCAAAUCAAUAUUAUGUAGCAAAGAAGUCCCAGCGCAAGACUUGAGGAAACUCUGUGAGAGACUCAGGAGUCUGGAUUCUAACACUCUCAAAUUAGCAAGUGAUACUCAAGGAUGUCCUUCUCGUGAUUCACCUAUUUCAGAGGAGACUGACCAUAAAGCUUCUUACAUCAUACAAAGAUCUCAAGCACAUCCCUCAGAUUCAUUACAUAAAGGGGAUAGUAAUGGAUGUGGGAGUCAUUUUGAUGAUAAUAAGACCAAUUUAGAAGGCUGGGAUGAAGUACCUGAUGAAGCUUAUGAUCUUCUUGAUAAACUUCUAGACCUAAAUCCAUCUUCAAGAAUAACAGCAGAAGAUGCCUUAUUGCAUCCAUUUUUUAAAGAUAAGAGCUUAUGAUGAUGCUUCCUUAUUUGAUGUUAUUGUUGUGUAUUGUGAGGUGGAAUGAAAGUCCUUUAUAAUAGCCUUAAGUUAUUUAAAGUCCAGGGAAGGAUGAAUAAUUUCUUUAAAAAUUUUAGUUUUUUCUUGAGUAGCAGAUUGUAAAAUUUAGAUUAAAAUUACUUAACAUGCCUUGAAGAGCUCUUUGGACCAACUGCAUGAUCUUUGGCUCAACAAAACAGAAUCAGAUCUUUUCCUCUUACCACAUGCAAAAGGAAACAGUUUUACCCACCAACAUGGGUUCAAGAUAAAAGAUUAAUAGAUGUGAUAGGAGUUAAAUGAGUCAAAGCUUAGUUUCCUGUUGCCUUAAAAGUAUGAGCUGUAUAGCAUCUUGAAAAAUUCAACCUGGUGCUGUUGCUCAACAAUUUUUUUAGGUAAAGAAAUACCCUCUUCUGAUAUAUACAUUAUAUCUUUUAUGAACACUAAGGAAAUGUUCUUUAUGGUGCAAAAUAUCGCUUAAAAAUUGUACUUAAUUUAUCCAUUUAAAAUAUUUUAUGAAACUUUGUUUUGCACUAAUUGUCAGGGUUUUUUUUUCUGCCCCUACCUAACACAUUCUCCUUGGAAAUGAUACAGUACCACAAAGUUUCUGAGUGCUUUACCAAGUGUAACAUUUACAGUUGGGAAUUUAAAAUAAUAUGUACACUGGUUCAUAAGGAGAAGGUUUCAGGACUAAGGUGAAUAUUGAUAGUUCAAAGUGCUUUUCUUUUUCUAUUUUUAUUAUUUAAGUUUCCCUAUAGCAUCUUAGGUAUAAUUAGAUAUCUGCUCAAGGGAAAAAUGAACAUAGAAUUGAGAAUUUUACUGUAGAUAUUUUUCUCUACCUAGAGCCAUCCAGAUUUCAACAUUCUGUUUUGACUAAGUUGAUCUUACUCAGAGUGAGUCUAAGGUGGGUUGGGAAAACGUAAAUUAAGGAUGCAAAGUAGAAAAGGACAUAGUAUAGAGGUUUAUAUGUUACCCACAUUUCAAAACAAUCAGUGACAGUAUAUCACACUUGGGGAGAAUUUCCCAUUUAGUCGUUAUAGAAACAGUUUAGAGGCAUACAUUCACUUUGUUAUUUUGAGCACUGAGUGUGCUUACCUAAUUUUGGUAAAUGUAGUAUAUAAUAUGUGUGUGUGCACACCCAUGCGUAUUUAUGAUUGCCAUUGAUGUGAUGUCAUGCUGUAAUUAAAAAACUUGAAUUAAAAAAG